AUGUGCUUACCCGAAGCGUAUAGUCGAGAUUCAACUGUUCGGUGUCGGAAUACAAACGUCGGACUUCCUCCACCAAUCAAUUACAUUGGUGAGUGCCCUGUGCCCAGCUGUGUGACAUUUGAUGAAAUCAAUACGUUAUGGGCUAUACCAAGUCCGGAGUACUUCCUACAGUGCAGACCAGAACCGGGAGGUUCAUGGGUGCUCCACCAAAUGCCAUGUGCUUUUCCAACCUUAUUCCACUUCGGCAAACAGACAUGUGUUUUUCCGGAUCAAUGGGAGGCAUGUGACGGUCAGAAUAUACCUGGAGACGAACCUUCAGAACCUCCAACUUCGCCUCCGAUUACAACAAUACCAACACCGGUUCCAACUCAGCCUCCGAUUACAACAAUACCAACAACGCUUCCACCUGCUACACCGACAGAACAGCCAACAAGCCCACCAACGCUUCCUCCUGUUACACCGACGGAGCAGCCUACAAACCCACCGACAGUACCAACUGCAACCCCAUCGACAAAUCCACCAGUAGAGCCAUCAACAAAUCAACCAACGGAUCCAACGAAUGUACCAUCAGACCCUCCGUCAGAUCCACCGAGUGAUGGAAUAUGCAUCGAGCCUAGAUGUACAACUUAUCCUGAAAUUAACACUCUUUGGCCACACUUGCUGGCGACUUUCUUCUACCAGUGCAGACCGGCAGCCGAUGGCAGCUGGAUUCCGCAAGAGAUGCCAUGUGCUCCGGGAACCGAAUUCAGCUUCCGAAUGCAGGUGUGUGUAUGGCCAUGGCAAAGAGAAGAUCCUUGUGAAGGAAUAACGACUUCGCCUACCCCAGAUCCGGGGACGACUCCAGACCCGGGCACAACUCCAGACCCGGGCACAACUCCAGAUCCGGGGACGACUCCAGAUCCGGGAACAACUCCAGAUCCCGGCACUACUCCGGACUCGGAGAUAACUCCAGACCCAACCCCAGGAGAUAAUAUAGUAGAUUGUCUCAUUCCGAAUUGCAUUUAUCUGCAAAACGACGAAUUAUUGUGGCCAAGCAGAGAUCCUCAAACCUUCUAUCGAUGCAUUUUCUUAUUGGAUACCGUGUGGGUUCCGUUCGCCGAUAGGUGCUCCGAGGGAUUACUCUUCAGUUUCAGCUAUCAAAGCUGUGUGGUACCAGAAAUGUGGGAAGACGAGUGUUCCGAAAUUCCCAUUGAUAUUACUACCACUCAAAUGACGACACUUCCCACGACAGAAGGCACAACCAGUGGAGAAUUGCCUCUACCCGUCAUUUGUGGUUCACCAAGAUGUGACACUGCUGAAGAACGCAGCAUUCGUUGGCCGAGUACAGUUGCCAACACUUUCUACGAGUGCGUUUGGGUAGAGCGAUGGUUCCAGUUUGUACCUUUUCCCAGGCGGUGUCCAAACUUCCAACUGUUUGAUUUCCCCAGUCAAGAAUGCGUGGAUGCAGCUGACUGGACCGAUAUUUGUCCGAUAUAUCCGACUCUUCCACCGAGCUGUCCGGAAUGUUGUCCCACUUGUCCACCCACAUCAGAACCAACCAUUCCAGACGAUCCAGUAAUCCCGGAAAACAUGCCAUUACCCGUCGUAUGUGGUCAGCCGCGUUGCAAUACCCAGGAAGAGAAGGACUUUCUGUGGCCUGCUUCGGAUCCAUUAGGAUUUUAUAUAUGUUUACCGACUGGAUCUGAUUGGUCAGUAGCAACGUAUGUGCAGUGUCCGGAUAACAAGUAUUUCCAAACCAUGGUUCAAGAUUGCGUGGAUCCAGAGCUCUACGAUCAUACGUUCUGUCCAAUAUUUCCUCCUUUACCAACAGUGCCGACUGCUGCACCAAUUCCUUUGGAAUGCCGUCAAGGUUUUAAUGCUUCGGAGUUCUAUCCUGUUGUCUGCGAUGUACCUCGAUGUCAGACUGCUCAAGAUUUGGGCGUUCGCUGGCCUGCAUCUAAUAAGGACUCUUACUACAUUUGCGCAACGUUUGGCAUUUCAACUUCAAUACAAUGUGAAGAGGGACUGCAUUUCAACUUCUUCCAGCAGUGUUGUACCCCCGAACAAUCGAAGCUAGAUUUAUGCCCCACAUAUCCUGCAGUUUCUCCAGUGGCACCGACUUGCGUGAACAAUUUCAACGCAACCGAUAUUCUACCAGCAAACUGCGAUGCUCCACGAUGUAAUACUGCAGCGGAGAGAGCCGCCUUCUGGCCAUCACAUCAACCCGAAAUAUACUACCAGUGUUCGUAUAACUCAAUAAGCCACAUUUAUACGAUCGAACAACGGGAAUGUCCAACGCACACGGAGUUUGAUUUCGUUCGGCAGUGUUGCAGCUUCAGUCCCGGCUUGCCAUCAGAUGCAGUGUGUUCAAUUAUUCCAAAUUUGACGACGGUUCCACCCGUGCCUAAUCAACCGUCGAAUGUAGUGUGCGAUCAGCCACGUUGCAGCACGUGGGAUGAACAGACGUACCUGUGGCCCUCGGCGGAUCCGCAAUUAUUCUACAGCUGCGAAGAAUUGUGGCAAGGAUCCAGUCAACCGUACCAACACCGGUGUCCAUUGGGGCAGAGCUUCAUCGUUGACGAACAAAAGUGCGGCGAUUGGUGGCAGCACAAGAAUGUGUGCGCGUAG